UUCGUCGUCCUCGUCUGUCUAGGCUGUCUCCGUCGUUCCCCACUCUCGGUCCCGACUUUCUUCUUCUUCUUCUUCUUCUGCACUACCGAUGGCAUCGAUCGGACUUCAAAAGCUGCUUCAGGCCGGCACCAAAAUCGUCGCCGUCGGCCGCAACUACGCCGCUCACGCCAAGGAACUCGGCAACGCCGUUCCCAAGGAGCCAGUGUUGUUCCUGAAGCCGACGUCGUCGUAUUUGGAAAAUGGAGGGACGAUCGAGGUGCCGCCUCCCCUGCUGUCGCUCGAUCACGAGGUGGAGCUCGCGGUCGUGAUCGGGCGGAAAGCUCGGGACGUUCCCGAGUCGACCGCCAUGGACUAUGUGGGAGGAUAUGCUCUUGCACUGGAUAUGACUGCUAGGGAGAUCCAAUCUUCUGCAAAGUCCGCAGGUCUUCCAUGGACAGUAGCAAAAGGGCAAGACACUUUCACGCCAAUUAGCUCCGUACUGGAGAAAUCUUUGGUGCCAGACCCUGACAACUUGGAAUUGUGGCUCAAGGUAGAUGAUGAAAUAAGGCAGAAGGGUUUAACCAAGGACAUGAUUUUUAAGCUUCCCUAUCUUAUUAGCCACAUAAGCUCUAUUAUGACCCUUCUUGAGGGAGAUGUCAUACUGACAGGCACUCCCAAAGGUGUUGGCCCCGUUAAAGUAGGUCAAAAGAUCACUGCUGGCAUAACAGGUCUAGUCGACAUUCACUUCAAUGUUGAGCAACGUCGAAAACCAGGAAGUCAUUGACUUAAGAAGUCGAGAUGAUUACGACAUCUUGCAUGCUCAAGUCUACUUCUGGCAGAAUAUUCAUUAGUACAUGCAACUGAACUCGCAAAUUGAGAACUUUCGCUGCACCAUUGGAGAUAAGAGAGCUUUGAUGCCA